AUGUCGGCCCUGCCUUCUGCCACAAGCAGGUGGGCAGAUGCUCCGUCCCAACUCGUCUCUUCUCGCCUCGAACAAGGCGUCCGACAUGGCUCAACACCAUCGACCAGCAUCGACUCCGCCUCAUUGUCUCAUCGAUGGCCAGACAGUUUGCAAGUCGCAUCAGCAGACUCUAACGUAGCCCGACCUCCUUCGCCACUGGAACGAGCCGAGAGCUUCAUGAGCUCUGUCUCUGGCGUCCUCUCUGCUGCCACCAUCACAAAUGCGAGCAGCGCCACCAUACGAAAAAUCGAGCGGAUCGAUGCAUCCGCAAGACCGGUCCGCUUCACAAAGUCCAAGAAAGAGGCCGAGCCUAUCACCCCCUCUUCCUCUGUCGAACACACGAGCUCUAGAAGCACUGAUGCCGCCGAAUAUCAGAGCUCCUCCAUCUCCGCAGGCGAUCAGUCCUACAGCACCAUUACCACAAGCUUCGAAACCACGCUCCGCUCGCCUUCCGACGAUGCACGUCAAGAUGCAAACAAGCACCGUGGCGCCACCAGCCCCUCACACCAGCACCCCGUGUCGCUCGAUCCUGCUGAGCCAAGAUCCUUCUUCUCCGAUUCCUUCUCUGGCGACGACUCGACCCGUUCCUUUUCUGCAACAAGCUCUCGUCUUGCUUCUCUCAAUCCAGAAUCUUUGAGGAUUGCCCCCACCUCUAGACGUGGUUCAGACCAAGCGCCUAGCGACAUCGACACCAGCGAACCACAGACUUCCCAGAUCUCGCACUCUUCCUCCUGCCAGAACGCCAUUUCCUCACUAGCUAACGCUGCCGAUGCUCUUGCUCAAGCAUCACGCCCGACACGCUACACUACCUCUCAAUCAAGUUCUGCUGCCAAGUAUGGUCUCGGCAUUCAGACCCGUGGCCUCAUGCCCUCAUCACAGCCACCACCACAACAAGAACAACAACUCACAGCCUCCUCUGUCGCCGCCCCGCGCUUCCGUGGAUGCUCUGCUCUCGAGGUGGUCCCAGAAGCACGCGAAUCACCCUACAUCGGCAGUCGCGCCAGUCAGGCCGCUUCCACUCCCGACGCGGGUGCAUCUUCAGCCUUGACCAUCACCACCACAAUCCCACUCAACAGCGAGCCUGCCUGGGGCCAGAGCACCUCUGCCAACGUGUCUUCUGCCUCAGAUCCGGCUUUUGGUACCAUGGCAUCCUUUUCCUUUCCCUCUCCCAUCUCAUCCUCAGCAGGUUUCACCAACGCGCAACCAAGAUCGGGGCAAUCGAGUUCCCUUUCUGCCAGAUUUCCACGAUCUCCCGCAAGCGCGUUCCACUCUUCCAAUCCAUCUAUGCAAUCCUCCUUCUCCAAUGCAAACGGAAGGAGUCUUUUCUCAUCCAGGACCAGUGACGCAGGUCUCCUACACGCUUUUUCCACUUGCGGUCACGCACCGCCUUCAUCCUUCGGAGGCUCCGUCAUCAGCUCGACCGGGCUUGCCUCGGCGCUCGGCUUUUCCUCAACUGUCGCAUACUCAAGUCUCAACCCAGGUAAUCGUGAUGACAUGCUUCAACGACUCUUGUUGGAUCAGGCGCGCGUCGAUUCUCAGGAGUAUGGCACCAUGAGCCUCGAGCAGGUCGCCGAGGCUAAGCGCGAUCUCGAGCAUAUCGAGCGCAAAGUGCAGACUCUUCGCACAAAGCUCAAGGUCGAGAUCAAGAUAAGAGACGCUGCUGUGGCGCUUCGCAGAGCCCACCGAAGGACCGCCGCCUCUGCUCACUCGCCCACUUCAUCUGUAUCAGUUGUUGUUUCGCCCACCUCACCAGGGCUUGUUCCUUUGCACAGACACAGCAACGACAAGUUUUCUUCCUCUUCCGCAUCUACUUCCUCCUUUGCCGUACGCAGUCGUGCACUCAGCAUCUCAGCCAGUGAGGCAAAAUCAGACGAGGAUGUGUCUAUAGCCACCGCCAAGGUCGACAAGGUCGCCAACGAGCUUAUCAAAUGGACAGAGCGUGCGAACUCGAUCCGACGCAGACUCCUCGAGCAUCAGGCCGCCACCCUAUCCGAACGUGUCGUUCACCUCGAGUCUGACCGACAGGUGAUGGAGGAGAAGUUGCCAUUCCUCACUACCUCUACUUCCUUCGAGUCGCUCGCUCCUUCUUCCUCAGCUUCUGCAGUAGGCAUCAAUCGGUAUCGCGACGCUGGUCACCAUUAUCAACCGUCUACCGACGAACCUUACGUACCACAUGGACCCAACGAUCCACUCCGUCACAACCGAAUCGAGUCGGAUCUCAGCGCCAUCAGCGGUUUCAGCUUUCUCGACGCUUCAGCACCCGAAAAGCUUCGUCGACUCGGCGAAGAGGUAGAACGCAAGCGAGAAAUGGUCCGCAAGCUCGAAUCCGACCUGACCUCAGCUCGAGAUGCCGCAAAGCGUCGUGAAGAGUCCUCCAAUCGUCUGACUCAGCAGCUAGAGGAGCAGUACCGUGAGCGAAGUCGUGCUGUCGAGGAGUUGCGUACGCUGCGAGAGCAGAUGAACCGAUUCGAAGAGAGCGCUUGUCAAGCUCAAGCUCGGGCUGUCCAAGCCGCCAUCGCAGAUGUUGAGCAAAGGAUGCAACGGCAGCUCGAACAAGAGCGAAGUCGGGAUCAGGACAAGGAAGAUGCACUCGUCAACGCCAAAGCGGAAGUCAUGGCUGGUCAGCGCGCACUUUCCGAUCUGCAGGCUCGCCUCGCCGCCGCUCAGGACGAGGCCAAGACUCUUCAACUUCGAGCUGAAGCAGCAGAACAGACAUCCGAGGAACACAAGCGCAAUGCAAAGGACGUGCAAGGAGAAACGGCGCGUCAGUUGACCCAAGGGUCCCAGGAUCUUGCCUCGCUUCGAACGGAGCUAGAAUCUUCCACGGCGGCCAAGGUCGCAGCGACCACAUUGGCUUCCGACCGCGCAAAAGCGAUCGCCGAGCUGGAAGUCCUCCUGAAGCAAGUGUGCAGCGAACUCGGUGCGGAAAAGCAGGCGCGUAUGAAGGCAGAAGAGCAAGUCGCUGCAACUCAAGAGCAGGUUCUCGACUCGCGGUCUCGAGCGGAUCAAGCAGAUGACAAGUUGCGAGAGUUAGAGCUGGCAGUCUCGGCAGAGCGUCGAAUGAUGGCAGAGCGCGACGAGCUCUUCCAUGCCUUCGAGCGCCGCCUCGAGAGUGCUGAGCAGCGUCUGCAAGUGCAAGACAAGCGAUGUGCAAGGAUGUUAGGCAAGCUGGAGGGUCGCGAAGAGAUGGACGAUCUCCUCGAGCGUAUCAAGGCUGGUGCUGCGGGCGUUGCGAAGAAGAAGACAGCCGGUCAGGAUAUCGCUGGUUUGCUUUCCAGUCUCGAGACGCACAUCGGUGAUCUGGAGCUUGAACUGGCUCGCGCCAACGCUCAGCUUCCUGACACGCCCCGUGACAGCGUCGCAAGGUCUGAUGUCUCUGCUACUCCUACUGUAUAUCACGCCGAGCUCGAGGCCAGUAAGCAGGAGGUCCAGCGUUGGAAGGCAGAGGCGGAGCGUCUCGAAGCUUCGCUCAAGUCGCAAACCAUGAAAGAGGAGGAGGCAAAGGUCUCAACAGAUGAACACAGAAGGUUGCAUGCGCUUGAAGUCGAAAUGCGUGCCUUGUCCGAGAAGAACGAGGCUUCGAAGCGACAGGCGGAAGAGCAAAGGUCCCAGCUGGAGGCCGAGGUUCAGUCUCUGGCCCAGCAGAACAAGGACCUGGAACAGCAAGGCCUGCAACGAGUGAAGCAACUCGAAACCAAGAUUGGGGAGCUGGAAUCACAGAAUCGAGAGCUUGAAAAGCAGCUUAGCAACGUCUCAAACCAUGCAUCGAACCCUGCCUCACCCGCCACAUCUCCUGAUACUCUUCCUGUGCGAGCCGUCAACACCACUUCACCGCGAUCUGCAACCUUCCCGCUGCCGAACAAAGGCGUCGGCAACCUUAUAGACAGAUUUGGUGGCGGACGCAAAGUCUCUUCGGAAUUCCGUGCGGAAGACUCUCCAGCGAUGACGCAGGCUUGGAUGCAUUCGAUCGAGAACUUGCGAGCUAUGCUACCUGACCUGUCAGCUGCUGCCAAAGGGUCGGCAGAUCUCAACGCAUUGCGUGACGCUUUCCAGACGUGCAGCACUGUAUCGCCAAGCCUGACUGCUGUCAAAUCGCCCUCUUCCGCCCGCAUUCCACUGGGUGCUGCAGACCUGCAAGCAGAGUUGGAAGCUACGGCUGAGCGUAUUCGUAGCACCCUGGCUAUCAGCCGCACAGUCAUCGACUUGGCUCUCGUGUCUGAGGUAGACAAGGAGAAUCGUGCCCAGCCUCAGAGCGGAGAUAAGAAGGAGGCCACUGUUCAGGCACAGGCAGACGCUCUGUCGUCGCAGCAAGCGCUUCUUACUAGGAUCACGUCGCUGACAGCCAAGGUCAAGGAGCAGGCGGAUCGGGAAAAGCAUCUUAAGGUAGAGUUGGCAGAGGUUCGAGGAGAGCUCGAGGAAGCUCGCGCCAUUGGACGUGUGCCCUCGUCGCCGUACGGGCUGACGCCAGGGAAUGAAUCGAUGCUCGGUCUGUCGACUUCUCCAGCCACGGUGGGCGUGUCGAAGUUCUUUGGCGUACCAGGGAGUCUUGGCGGGACAGGCUCGAACAGGUCGAUGAUAACGCGCUUAGGCGAGAAGCCAACCCCCAUAUCUGCGGCCGCUUGCACCGCAGGUGGCGCCGCGUUGGCACCGCCUCGUUCACCUUCAGUUUUCGAUGGAAUGCCGUCACCCACCAGAUCCAACAUCAGCGUACACUCUUCGCCAUCGAUCCGCUACAUCCCGCCGUUUGCAGCCCCCAAUUUUGGUGCGAGGUCUCCUCAGAGGAUGUAUCUGGAGUCACGCAGCUUGGGCGCUGAAGCCGGUGCAGGCAAUGUGUCACUCUCAGAGAGCUCGACGAACAUGGACGCGUCGGACUUCAUGUCGCUGCGAUCGAGCAACAGUCCUAACUCGACUCACCUCGGAUUGCCUAGGUCAGCGGCCAGUCUCACAGGCACUUCUCAGUCUUCCUCGUCGGCCCAGCGUGCUGGCGCAGAUCCUUCACUAUCAUCCAAGACCAAGCCCAAUGGAAUGAUCAAGCGCACCAUCACGCUCGGCAUGGACGUACCUCAGCUUGUCUCUCGUGUCCGCGAUCUUGAAAAGCAGCUGUCGAACACGGCCUUGAUCCGCCAGCGCGCCGAAAGGGCAGCUGACCUGGAGACACAGCUACGUGAAGCCAAUCAAGCCUAUACAAAGCUGCUCGACAGACUAGAUGCAGAGCGCAACAUCGGCACCCAUCAGAAGGUCGAGAUCCUCAACGAGCUCAACGAGACACAGAGCCGACUGCAGACCACUCAGGCGCAGAUUCAGCGCACCAGAUCGUCGUCGCCGUUCGUCUCGCCUCUUGCCAACACAAGGCCUCUUCCUCCGCCUAAAGACUGA